AUGCUGCAGCCGCAAUGCGGUUGCCAGGUGCCACCGAACCCAAGCUGUAACUGCGGUCAACUGCAGCAACAGUACUCGAGUUGUGGAUGUGGUCCACUAACCUACCAGGUUUCCUGCAACCAAUGCCAACAACCACCGCAGAUGUGCGCUCCGUCAUGUAUGCCGUCCUGUCAGCCCAGCUGCAUGCAGCAGCAACAGCCACAAUUCAUCGUCGUCCAGCAGCAGCCCCAGCAACAAUGUGCUCCAGCCUGCAUGCCAUCCUGCCAACCGCAGUGCAUCCAGCAGGCCUGCGCACCUGCUUGUCAACCAAUGUGUGCGCCACAGUGCACUCAACAGCAACAACCCCAGCAGAUCAUCGUCGUUCAGCAACAACCUCAACAGCAGUGCGCUCCCGCUUGUAUGCCGUCCUGCCAACCUCAAUGCCUUCAGCAGGCUUGUGCACCAGCUUGUCAGCCAAUGUGUGCGCCCCAAUGUGUGGAGCAGCAACAGCAGCAGAUCAUUGUCGUCCAACAACAGCCACAACAGCAGUGCGCUCCGUCGUGCAUGCCUGCCUGCCAGCCGCAAUGUGUCCAGGCAUCGUGCGGUGGUAACUGCAACCAGCAACCCCAACAAAUCAUCGUGGUCCAGCAGCAGCCCCAGCAACAAUGCGCUCCUGCCUGCAUGCCGGCCUGUCAGCCGCAGUGCGUCGAACAACAGCAGCAACAGAUCAUCGUGGUUCAGCAGCCUCAGCAGCAACAAUGCGCUCCGUCUUGUAUGCCGUCGUGCCAGCCCCAAUGUGUCCAGCAGGCCUGUGCUCCUGCCUGCCAGCCGAUGUGCGCCCCUCAGUGUGUGGAACAGCAACAGCAGCAAAUCAUUGUCGUUCAGCAACCGCAACAACAGCAGUGCGCCCAGUCUGCCAGCCAUCCUGCCAACCACAGUGCGUACAGCAGCAGCAGAUCAUCGUGGUUCAGCAGCCUCAGCAGCAACAAUGCGCUCCGUCUUGUAUGCCGUCGUGCCAGCCCCAAUGUGUCCAGCAGGCCUGUGCUCCUGCCUGCCAGCCGAUCAACCGCAACAACAGCAGUGCGCCCAGUCUGCCAGCCAUCCUGCCAACCACAGUGCGUACAGCAGCAGCAGAUCAUCGUGGUUCAGCAGCCUCAGCAGCAACAAUGCGCUCCGUCUUGUAUGCCGUCGUGCCAGCCCCAAUGUGUCCAGCAGGCCUGUGCUCCUGCCUUGCCAGCCGAUGUGUGCCCCUCAGUGUGUGGAACAGCAACAGCAGCAAAUCAUUGUCGUUCAGCAACCGCAACAACAGCAGUGCGCCCAGUCUGCCAGCCAUCCUGCCAACCACAGUGCGUACAGCAGCAGCAGAUCUGCGUGGUUCAGCAGCCUCAGCAGCAACAAUGCGCUCCGUCUUGUAUGCCGUCGUGCCAGCCCCAAUGCGUCCAGCAGGCCUGUGCUCCUGCGUGCCAGCCGAUGUGUGCCCCUCAGUGUGUGGAACAGCAACAGCAGCAAAUCAUUGUCGUUCAGCAACCGCAACAACAGCACUCAAUUGCUGGCGAAAAGCAAACUCUGCAGCGAUGCUCUCCAGCAAUCUUAUCUCAUCGGGGCAUCCCACAGAAGCCAGCGCCACCUUUGUUCCGCUCGUCUGCCUCUUGUGUGUCGUCUGCCUUCUCGAACUCUCCUCGAUUAAUCGCUCAAUCGAAGGGAUGCACCGAAAAGUCUAUUGUUUGA